AAAAAACGAACAGUUCUCGUCUGUCUCUCGUCAUGCAAACACAAAAUCCCGUCGUUGCGACGUUAUCUGGACCCGUAAAAGGUCUUAUCAAGCAAACCGACACUUCCAAGCGUUAUUUUUCGUUUCAAGGCAUUCCGUAUGCAGAACCAUUGCACGGCGAAUUUCGUUUCAAAGCCCCUCGUCCCGUCAAAAAAUGGUCCGAAACCCUCGAUGCGACGCGAGAAAGCGACAUUUCGUAUCAAUUUGACAUUUGGCGCCCGGAUCCCAUGCUUACCGGAGGCGAUAAUUGUCUGAAUUUGAACAUUUACACGCCAAAUAUUGAGCCAGCGACGUCAUUGCCGGUGUUUGUGUGGAUUCAUGGCGGCGGAUUUGUCUUUGGAAGCGGAUCGUCGCAAGUUUACGGACCGGAUUAUUUGGUUGAACGGGAUGUCGUUGUUGUGACUGUCAAUUAUCGCUUGAAUAUUUUUGGUUUUUUGUCGUUGCGAGACCCAAAAGUUGGCGUUCCGGGAAAUGCUGGAUUAAAAGAUCAAACGAUGGCAUUGCGUUGGAUUAAGGAGAAUGUUGCGUGUUUUGGGGGUGAUCCCAAUAAUGUCACAAUUGCCGGCGAAAGUGCAGGAGGAGCAUCCAUCAACUAUCACUUAAUCUCGCCAUUUUCGAAGGGAUUGUUCACUCGAGCCAUCAUGAUGUCAGGAAGCGUCUUCAACCCAUGGGCACAAGCUCCCAUCAACUACAAAGAUUUCCUCAAAAGAUUAGCAGUUCAUUUAGAAAUCGACGAAAACUCCUCAGAUUCUGCACUUUUUGAGGCAAUUGUCAAAACGGAUCCCAUUAAAUUGGUUCAAAUCGACUUGCAAUUAGCCGAAGAAGAGGAAAAAUUUUUUGGCUCCGUUUUGCUUUCGGGAUUUUUACCGCAAGUCGAACCUUAUGCGAGUGAAAGUUGUUUCCUGCCUUCAUCGGUUGAAAUUUUAUCACGAAACCCUUGGAGCAAAGAUUUGGACGUCAUUUUAGGCGGAUGUGCUGACGAAGGGCUUCUUUUUUAUUACGAAUUGCCUUCCGACUCGCAAUUUUCUCAAAUGAACGAAGAUUUUUCUUUAUUUUUAACUCCCGAUCUUCGUGCAAAAGUUUCAUCUCGUGAAGCGCAUCAUCGUGGUUCAAUCCUAAAAAAAUUAUAUUUCGCUGAGGAAAGGCUUACAUUGAAAAAUGUCCCAAAAUUCAUCGAUUUUCAAGGCGACAAACAAUUUUGGUUCGGAAUUUACUCCACGCUCCGUUUCCGUUUAGCAGCAGCAGGCAAAGGGAAAACAUUUUUCUAUCGUUUGAACGUCCCUCCAUCAAAAGACACGCCAGAUUUCUACGAAUUUGUGCGCACAUUCUCGAACGUUCCGCAUCGCAACGGCACUUGUCACUCCGAGGACAUUCCAUUUUUGUUCAAAGCGGCAUUCGCGAAACGUUUUGCUCCAAAUGACGACAAUUACGUCGCCGCGCAACGAUUUUUGACGACUUUUGUUGAUUUCGUGAACAAUGGGAAGCCGUCGGAUGCGUGGCGCGAAACGUCAAAGAAGUCAAUAAAAUGUUUGGACAUGGGACAACGUGACUGGCGAAUGACGACAUUGCCGAAUAUCGAUAAAUUGCGUGUCUGGGAAGCGGUUUACAGCGAGACAAAAGCAAAAUAUUGACAUUGAACGAAAUUUUUUUUAAUAAAUUAACCCGAACAACCCAUUUUUUGUUCAUCCACGAGAGAAAAAAAAAUCAUCAUUACUUACCAAUUGGAUCAACAUGUGUUAAAUGGUCCACG